AUGAUCAUCAGGAGUGGCCACUUAUCACGGUCGGCCAUGCCACCUUUUGGCCACGAUGUCGACAAUUCACAACAGGAGUGGUCUCUGCGGUCCCUUUGGCAUCUUUCAAUUCCUCGACGCUGGGUUAAGAUGCUCUCGAUCCUAGGUAUAGUAUGCUUCUUUGGUGUCGCUCUCAGUCUGAGUCUGGCACCGCACAGCAAUCUUGUCCGGGAUCAGGAUCAGAAUCUUGGUACUGCUUCGCUGCAGGACGACGAUGUUACCGCCUUUCCUCCUCCUCGCCAAACCAACCAACAUACCCACGAUCCGACCAUUCUUCGUGUGGGAGAUACAUACUAUCUUUACAAUGUUGGACAGCGAAUCUUCAUUCACACAGCACCCAGCAUGGCCGGCCCAUGGACAAGGAUUGGAAAUGUAUUAGAUGGCAACAGUGUUAUUCCCAAGGGUGAUCGUGCUGCACCUUGGGCGCCAACCGUGAUUGAAUUCGAUGGGACAUACUAUUGCUACUAUAGUGUGAGCAAGGCAGGUUGUCGAGACAGUGCUAUCGGCGUCGCAACGUCCAACUCUCCAGGUCCUGGUCACUGGUAUGACCAUGGCACGGUUAUCCAGACCGGCACAGGCAAUGGCUCCGAUAUUGAACCCUACACCGUGUCCAAUGCCAUCGAUCCCAGCGCUCUUAUCACACCAGAUGGAAAAGCAUACCUCACCUUCGGCAGCUACUGGACCGGUGUCUACCAAGUGCCCCUUGGAAGUGAUUUGAUCUCUCCGCAAAGCACCACCGAGCCUGAUGCGCGUCAUCUGGCUUAUGAACCCAACACACUUGGCCCCGCCAAUCGGUACGCUAGCUCACUCUGUGGUGACCCAAGUGGGCCACAUGCGCUGGAGGGAGCAUUCAUCUCUUACAAUAAUGGAUGGUACUAUCUUUGGUUUAGCCAUGGCCUGUGUUGCAAUCUGGAGAAGGGCAAGCUGCCGGCAGCUGGAAAUGAAUACAGUAUCCGCGUUGGACGAUCCCAAAGCCCUCGCGGUCCAUUCGUUGACAAAUCGGGCCAAGAUCUCGUGAACGGUGGAGGAACCAUCAUCUACGGCUCCAACGGCGAGACCUAUGCACCUGGAGGCCAAGGCGUCCUCCGCGACGGAGAUACCGAUAUCCUCUAUUAUCAUUAUCAAAACAAGACAGUUGGUGUGGCAUUCUCGGAUGCUUUGCUUGGCUUCAACCCUUUGACUUACGUCAACGGAUGGCCUGUCGCACAGCCAUGA